UGGGAGACCAGAUAUAGUGAAUGCAGGGUCCGGGGAGACCGGAUAUAGUGAAUGCAUGGUCCAGGGAGACCGGAUAUAGUGAAUGCAGGGUCCGGGGAGAGCAGAUAUAGUGAAUGCAGGGUCUGGGGAGAGCGGAUAUAGUGAAUGCAGGGUUCGGGGAGACCAGAUAUAGUGAAUGCAGGGUUCGGGGAGACCAGAUAUAGUGAAUGCAGGGUCCAGGGGAGACCAGAUAUAGUGAAUUCAGGGUCCGGGGAGACCAGAUAUAGUGAAUGCAGGGUCCUG